AUGUCACCCAAAAAGUUGGACAUGCUAGCGUUCAUCCCCAUCUCCUUGAAGUUCUUGGUUACUGCUUCCAAGUCCUUGCCAAGUUUUAAUUCAUUUUCACCGUACAAAAACUCGUUUGGUUUGAAAACCUGCGCUGUAGAUGUGGCAGACGAGCAGUUUGUUUUUUCAUAUGAUUCGCGCGUGAAAUGUGUAGCGAUGUGUUCUGCGGUGGUUGGUUGCGUCGGCUGCAACUACCACCUCGACAGAAGAGUCUGUCAACUCUUCAAAAAUCGAACCAAACUUGGUCAAGUGCAUGAUGCUGCAGGCCUGUGCACUUUCCACGAAAAAUCAGGCAACCAACUUCUACAUGACGGUAACUAA